AUGUCUUUGUUUUCUACUUAUUUACCGCAGUCGAAAAAAGAAAUUACUCAACAUCCAUGGGCUAAAUCGAUAAAAGAACAUCAUGCGCAUAUCUAUAAGAUUGCUCAUAAUUCAAUUAACAACCCUAAAUAUCCGUUUAAAGAAAAUAAAAUGACAAAGCCCAAAGAUAAAUUUACCGUUAUAGGUAACUUUGUAACCAAAGAAUUUAUUUACUGCGUCCGUUUAGUUCAGGGGCUACAUAAAUAUAGAAAACACAUAUUUGAUACCCCAGUGAUCAGAGGUGUUACGGGUGUUGAAUGGCCUGCCGUUUGGAAUGAUAUAAAGAUUAAAUUUGGAGGAAAAGCAUACUGUCUUCAAUCACAAGUUGCAGUUGUUUUGAACGGCGAAUUUAUAGGUGGAGAACUUGAGUUGAAGAGCUUAAUCGAAUCAACCUAUAAAUACCAUUUGAAAUUAGAUUAUUGCAAAGAAAGUAUAAAAGAAUUUUAUAAAUUCGUAAAAAGUUCUGGUAGGCCAUGUACUUACAUGCAUAUUUGUAUAGACGAUGACCACAUUGGCACUUUAAUAUUUAUGCUGUACGCGGAUAUUGCACCGAACACGUGCGAGAAUUUCCUUCGUCUUUGUAGAGCGAAAAGAGGCGGUUAUAGCGGUACCCCUAUACAUAGAAUUGUAAAAGAUGGUUGGAUACAGUGCGGAGGUUUUGGUUUGAAAACCACGAAUUUGGAUUGCGAAAAUUUCAUUGUACCACAUGAUAGGCGAGGUGUUUUAUGUAUGGCUAACGAUGGCAGGCAUGUUGAUUGUUCAACUCAAUUUUUCGUUUUGCUUCAACCGGCUCCAUGGAUGGCACACAAAUAUGUUGCCUUUGGUCAAUUAAUCGAAGGUGAAGGUACUCUGAAAAAAAUCGAAAGUGUACCUACCUGGUAUGAAUCUCCCUUAUCGGACAUUAAAAUAUUAAAGUCAGGAAUCCUAAACAUGGAAUGUCAAGAUAUUAAAGUUACUAAAGGUACUAAAGAAUACCUGAAAGGGCAUGUUGAAGAUCUUGUUGCUUUGGGUAAUCUACUAUACGAGAGCCUAAUCGAUAAAGUAUUCAUAUUAAUUGAGUUCAAACGCAUUGCCCUCUUGGAUGUUGAACCAGAAAGUCCGGAACUAAAUGAAGAAGAGAUAGGAAGUUUGAGAGCUACAAAAAGAUUUAUAAAAAACAAACAAGACAUUGAGAAACAAUUACAAAGUAAUCAAGCAGAAAACCGACAAAGCGUUGAUAGUGACAACCAGGAGUUCGAUGUAGAUGUAUACGAAUAUGAAUCGGAGGAGUCUUCAUAUCAACAUGUAUCGUUAACGGAACCAAGCGUAGUUACGAAUGAAGAAAAGCCGUAUUACUUGCCUCUGACAGACGUACCGUAUCCUGACGAAGUUGACUCUGUCUACGAUUUAAAAAAAUUUUUAAAAGGCAAUUACUGCCUAGAGAGUGAUUUAAAAAAGGAUCAAAUCUUCUUACAUGAAACAAAACAGUUUUCUUCUGAAUUAUUUGAUCUUGAUGACGAUGAAUCGGUUUCAAGUUCAGUGGAAUCAUUGGCUUCCGACGAUGAAAAGGAAAUCAGGAAAUAUAUAAAAAUGAACGUCGAUCGCGUUAGUUUUGCCGGUGACGUGAUCAGAAAUAUUGCGGGGGGAACUGGAAAAUUCAAUUUAUUUCAAGACUUUCGAAAGUCAGAAUUGAUCACGGACGAUGAGCUUAGAAGGUUCAGAUUAGCAUCGAUAGAUCACCGCGCUCGCGAGGAAAGAAAAGUCUCCAUCAGUCUACCUGACGAAGCCAAGCAGGUACAUACAAAGAUUAAAAGACGCCAGACAGGUUUCGUUAGGCCCGAAGAUUUGGAAAGGAUACAUAUUAUACAAAAGCCUAGCUUUGAUGAAUCUUCAGAUAUUGAUGAAUCUACUACCAACAUCGGCAGGAAAGUACGUAUAUCACCAACAGCGAUGUCUCCACCGACAGCCCGAGAAAGUAGUCGACGACCAACCGCUUUUGUUCGGCCUUCAGACGAUAAUUCAGACACUGAGAUGCGACGUUCUGUAUUAACUCGGUUAUAUGAAGAGGUGACUGCCACAGAUGAAAUACCAGGCCCCACUCUGAAGGACUAUAAACCAAUAUCAGAGACCCAUCGUAAAAAUUUAAUGUUUCUUACGUAUUCGCCGAGGUCUCACGUGAUAAGCGAGGAGAAUGCCCGUGAAAAAUACAUUAGGCGAUCGUUGACAACUGAAAAAAACUUAUACGAACCGGUUUUGAACUUGCAACACGGAAGGAGGGUAGCUCAUAAAAUAUCUUCCGAUUACGUGAAGACCAUAGACCAAAUAGAGCAUAGACUAGAUAAUUCUUUGAGGAGCAUAGAGUUUGCCAAAGUUCGGCCCACUCUGUCUGUUGCGGAAUACCAAAUGAAGAAUAGUAAAUUUAAAGAAUUAAAAAAAUCGACAAACGGAGAGCUUAAAACAGAAACGGUAAUGAUGCCGCCUCAUGAUUUUGACCAAAAGCGAUCAGUCGGUGGUCUGAGAUCACCAGAUGACACACCACCGUCGAUUUCAGACGAGGAAAAUGCCUUUGAAAAGUAA